UAAUAUUAUUUCAGAUAACCCUUUUGAACACGACAAUUAACAUAAUCACAUCCUCUGGUUUUGAUUUCCAUAAACCAGAGGAACAAAAAGAUUUUUUUGUUUUUGUUUUUUGGUUAUGGCAUGAUCUUUUUGUUCCUUAGGUAUAUCAAAAUCCAAAAUACUAAUAAAUAAAGAAUCCUGAAGAAUGCGGGAGGAAGCAGUUGUCCCUGUAUCUGAAGAUAUAAUUGAUGACAUUAUGAGUAGUGAUAAUGAUUCAGAUGAUCAUCUUGAUCAUGAUGAAAAUGAACAAAAUAUUUCUGAUGAUCAUCAACCUGGCCAAUUAUUAGCUUUUCCUCUUGACAUUCUUGACCUGAAAUCUUCAAGAAAAAAUGCUUUGCUUAGAUUACGUUGUAGGGUGGAAGAUGCAAUUCUUGGUGGAUACAUUUAUGGUAAAAAUAAAAACAAGUUGUUAUCUGUUAAGAGUAUUACUGAGGAUUUGACAGGUAUUUCAUUAUGGGGUGUUCCUUUAUUGCCUAUUAAAGGGAAUGGGAACACGAACACGGAUAUUGUUUUGAUGAAUUUCUUGAAAGCUAAGGAUUAUGGUGUGUAUGAUUCGUUUAAAAUGUUGCGAAAAACGUUGAGAUGGAGGAGGGAAUUUAGAGUUAAUGAGAUUGUUGAUGAGAAAUUUAGUCCUGAGCUUGAUAAUUUGUGGUAUACAGAUAAUGGUAAGGAUAAGGAAGGAAGGAUAUUGUGUUAUAAUGUAUUUAGGAAUAUCAAGAACAAAGAAUUGGAAGAGGAAAUCUGGGGUAGGCAUAAUCAUCAUCAUGAGUGUCUUAGGUGGAGAGUACAUAUUAUUGAGAAGGCAAUUCAACAACUUGAAUUUAAACAAGGUGGGGUUAAUUCUGUUUUGAUGAUUACAGAUUUGGGAAAUUCACCAGGAAAUUCUUGGAGAGAGGUUCGUUGGAUUAAUAGAAAGAUGAUGAGCUUGGUUCAUGAUCAUUAUCCUGGAAUCAUCUACAAGAAUAUAUUGAUUAAUGUUCCUGUUUGGUUUUCGACGGUCCAUGCACUUAACCUGCGAAUGAUCACGCAAAAAAGCAAGAACACCUUCAUAUUUGUUAAGCCAUCGAAAGUUACAGAGACUCUUCUCAAGUACAUUAGCCCAGAAAACUUAUUGGCUGAAUAUGGUGGACUCAAAAAAGAGAAGGAUGUUGAGUUUUCAACUGAUGAUAAAGUUCUAGAUAUAAGCAUCAAACCAUGUUCAGUUGGCCUCAUUAAAAUGCCUGUCAAAGAGGUUGAGGUGACCAUAACUUGGGAUUUGAUAGUGGUGGGCAAUGAAGUGACUUACAAAGAAGAAUUUAUACCAGAUGAUGAUUGCUCAUACAGAGUGUUGCUUCAAGAAGAUAAGAAAAUGGUGGAGAGUGUAAGGAAUUCCUUUCAUAUUAGAGAAGAAGGGAAAAUUGUGAUCACUAUUGAUAAUCCUACUUACAAGAAGAAAACUGCCUUCUACAGAUACAAGACUAAGCCUAGUGUACCUAUGUAUAUGUACCUAAAGUAACUUUACUCUUUUCCUAUACUUCUUUCUUCUCAUUUUCCUUGUUUUAACUUUUGUAUACUACGACGAUUUUCUUAUGUUAAUAUGGAUUUCAAUCAAUUUGUCAAGAGAGUGAAAGAAAAAAAAUCUCUAAGCAAAGUAAAAACUUGUUUACAUA